CUUUGUUUCCUUUUCUUUUCUCUCUCCCGCUCAGCUUCUCAUUUCGCUGAAAGGUGAAGAGUGUUUGUGUGAUUUUUAACGGGUAAUGAAGCUGCUGCGCCCUGGGUCCUGGAGGAUGAUCUUUUCCAGAAAGCGCGUGCAUCUCCGGCAGACGGAGGGAUGAAUAAUUAGGAAGGGCUUCCAUGAAAUCACUCACCGAGAAAAUUACCUGCCCAUUAAACGGGACGCGGCGAGAAGCAGGAGGCUAGAGCCCACCUAUCCCCUCUUGAGGCGGGAAGGAGGGAGAACGCGGAGGCGCGGAGAAGGGGAACGAGUUGGCCGGUGGCCUCUGCUCCUAAUUUGUCCAUUUCCGUCACCCUCGGACCCGCAGCUCUCCAGCUCCACCCUCUCCCCUGGCCCACCGGCUGGCGCCCCAGCACGCGCGGGUGGCGGAGUCCGGGGGUGGAGGGCUUAGCGCACCCUCCACUCCCCCACCCCCCUCCCGGGGCCGACUCCAAGCAGCUCUCCUUCCUCCCCACCCCUCCCCUCCCGCCUCCUCGCCUUCCCUCCUUAAGUCCUUCCACCCGCGGCAGCUGCUGGAGGAGGCGGACGCUCUGCUGUGGGGCCGCGGGAGCCGGGCGGGCUGCAGGACUGCGCCUGGCGGCGGGGCUGCGCGCCCUCCUGCUCGCUGGCUCCCGAGCUCCUGGCUCGGUGUCCCCGCUGGGCGCUCGCCCGCGGCCGCCCGGGUGAGCCGUCGCUCUGAGGCGUCCCCGCGAGGGCGGCCGCAGCCUCAGCCCUGCCCCUCCCUCCCUCCCUCAGCCCCACCACGUAGGAGUUCGGAUUCUCCAGCCGAGUCGUCCUGGUAUCCCUUUGCCUCUCUUUUGGAAACGGGAGAGGUGGAGGGAGGCAACGAGGCUGCAAAGGAGAGGCCCGCCAAGUCGGCCCGCCUGCAAAGUGUUGCUUUGACACAUCCUUUUUAUGGAAGUUAAGUGAAAAACUCUGGACGUGGAGGUGCUACCGAGAAGGAGACCCGGAGAAAGCAAGCCAGUAGGCAGGUCAACGGUUUUUUCCGCAGUGCCCUGGCAAGUUGUGGAACACUUUCUAGGAAUUAGGUCUUUUUCCUCCCCCUUCGUCUUCUUGACUUCUGAAGAAAGAACUUGGCUUUGGAUUGCAAUGGAGCCUAAGGAGAGAGGGUUAGAUACACUUGAAUAAUCCCUCCGGCUGGGCUGAAUUUUGGGGAAUUUAGGGAGCCAGAGUGUGGAAAUACAGCAGUCUUUGGAGUGUCCUGUUAAUCUGGAUGGAUCUAAAUGUGUCCCCUUCAACACUCUUCACUAACCCCUUCUGAUCUUGCGAUUUGCUGUUUUGACUUUAAUUAGCAUCUAGGAAAGUCUAAACUUUGGACCUACCUCUUUUUUUGAUACUUAUUUUUGUACUUUUGCUCUCUGGGAUUGGUUUCUUAAACAAUCUGGAUCCUUUUUAAUAUGUCAAAAUGAGUCGGCUGAUGUUUACACAACUACUGCUCUGUGGAUUUUUAUAUGUUCCGGUUGAUGGGUCUCGUCUCCGCCAGGAAGAUUUUCCCCCACGGAUUGUGGAGCACCCUUCAGAUGUCAUCGUCUCUAAGGGAGAGCCCACCACUUUGAACUGUAAGGCAGAGGGCCGGCCAACACCCACCAUUGAGUGGUACAAGGAUGGUGAGCGGGUGGAGACUGACAAAGAUGAUCCCCGGUCCCACAGGAUGCUACUGCCUAGUGGAUCCUUAUUCUUCUUGCGCAUCGUGCACGGGCGCAGAAGUAAACCUGAUGAAGGAAGCUACGUUUGUGUUGCAAGGAACUAUCUUGGUGAAGCAGUGAGUCGAAAUGCAUCUCUGGAAGUGGCAUUGUUACGCGAUGACUUCCGGCAAAAUCCCACUGAUGUUGUAGUGGCAGCCGGAGAACCUGCAAUCCUGGAAUGCCAACCUCCCCGGGGACACCCAGAACCCACUAUCUACUGGAAAAAAGACAAAGUUCGAAUUGAUGACAAGGAAGAAAGAAUAAGUAUCCGUGGUGGAAAACUGAUGAUCUCCAAUACCAGGAAAAGUGACGCAGGGAUGUACACCUGUGUUGGCACCAAUAUGGUGGGAGAAAGAGACAGUGACCCAGCAGAGCUGACUGUCUUUGAACGACCUACAUUUCUCAGGAGACCAAUUAACCAGGUGGUGCUGGAGGAAGAAGCUAUAGAAUUUCGUUGUCAGGUCCAGGGAGAUCCUCAACCAACUGUACGGUGGAAAAAGGAUGAUUCAGACUUGCCAAGAGGAAGGUAUGACAUCAAAGACGAUUAUACACUGAGAAUUAAAAAAGCGAUGAGUACAGAUGAAGGCACUUUUAUGUGUAUUGCUGAGAAUCGGGUUGGGAAAGUGGAAGCCUCUGCUACCCUCACAGUCCGAGCUCGCCCUGUUGCUCCUCCACAGUUUGUGGUUAGGCCAAGAGAUCAGAUUGUUGCUCAAGGUCGUACAGUGACAUUUCCCUGUGAAACUAAAGGAAACCCGCAGCCAGCUGUAUUUUGGCAGAAAGAAGGCAGCCAAAACUUGCUUUUUCCAAACCAACCUCAGCAGCCGAAUAGUAGAUGCUCUGUGUCACCAACUGGAGACCUCACGAUUACCAACAUUCAGCGCUCGGAUGCGGGUUACUAUAUCUGCCAGGCCCUAACUGUGGCAGGAAGCAUUUUGGCAAAGGCUCAGCUGGAAGUUACUGAUGUUUUGACAGAUAGACCUCCACCCAUAAUCCUACAAGGCCCAGCCAACCAAACACUAGCAGUAGAUGGCACAGCUUUACUGAAAUGUAAAGCUACUGGUGAUCCUCUUCCUGUAAUUAGCUGGCUAAAGGAGGGAUUUACUUUUCUGGGAAGAGAUCCAAGAGCAAGUAUACAAGAACAAGGGACACUGCAGAUUAAAAAUUUACGGAUUUCUGAUACUGGCACUUACACCUGUGUGGCUACAAGUUCAAGUGGGGAAACAUCCUGGAGUGCUGUACUGGAGGUGACAGAAUCUGGAGCAACAAUCAGUAAAAAUUAUGACUUAAAUGAUCUGCCAGGGCCACCAUCCAAACCUCAAGUCACUGAUGUGACUAAGAACAGUGUUACCUUGUCCUGGCAACCAGGUACCCCUGGAACCCUUCCAACAAGUGCAUAUAUCAUUGAGGCUUUCAGCCAAUCGGUGAGCAAUAGCUGGCAGACAGUGGCAAACCACGUAAAGACCACCCUCUAUACAGUGAGAGGACUGCGGCCCAAUACAAUCUAUUUAUUCACUGUCAGAGCUAUCAACCCCCAAGGUCUCAGUGACCCAAGCCCUGUGUCAGAUCCUGUGCGCACACAAGAUAUCAGCCCACCAGCCCAAGGAGUGGACCACAGACAAGUACAGAAAGAACUAGGAGAUGUCAUUGUUCGUCUUCAUAUUCCAGUUGUUCUGACUCCCACCACUGUUCAAGUCACAUGGACGGUUGAUCGCCAGCCCCAAUUUAUUCAAGGCUACCGAGUGAUGUAUCGUCAGACUUCAGGACUGCAGGUUGCCUCAACAUGGCAGAAUUUAGAUGCCAAAGUCCCAACUGAGCGAAGUGCUGUCUUAAUCAAUCUGAAAAAGGGGGUGACUUACGAAAUUAAAGUCCGACCUUAUUUUAAUGAGUUCCAGGGAAUGGAUAGUGAAUCUAGAACAGUUCGUACUACUGAAGAAGCCCCAAGUGCUCCGCCACAGUCUGUCACUGUGCUAACAGUUGGAAGCCACAACAGCACCAGCAUAAGUGUUUCCUGGGAUCCUCCUCCUCUGGAUCAUCAGAAUGGAGUUAUCCAAGAAUACAAGAUUUGGUGUCUUGGGAAUGAAACACGAUUCCAUAUCAACAAAACUGUGGAUGCAGCCAUUAGAUCUGUUAUCAUUGGUGGAUUGUUCCCAGGUGUUCAAUACCGGGUAGAGGUUGCAGCUAGUACCAGUGCGGGGGUUGGAGUCAAAAGUGAGCCGCAGCCCAUAAUAAUUGGGGGACGUAAUGAAGUUGUCAUUACUGAAAACAAUAACAGCAUAACUGAGCAAAUCACUGAUGUUGUGAAGCAACCAGCCUUUAUAGCUGGUAUUGGUGGUGCCUGCUGGGUAAUUUUGAUGGGUUUUAGCAUCUGGUUGUAUUGGCGAAGAAAGAAGAGAAAGGGACUCAGUAAUUAUGCGGUUACAUUUCAAAGAGGAGAUGGAGGACUAAUGAGCAAUGGGAGUCGUCCAGGUCUUCUAAAUGCUGGUGAUCCCAGUUAUCCAUGGCUGGCUGAUUCAUGGCCAGCCACAAGCUUGCCAGUAAACAAUAGCAAUAGUGGCCCAAGUGAGAUUGGGAAUUUUGGGCGUGGAGAUGUGCUGCCUCCGGUUCCAGGCCAAGGGGAUAAAACAGCAACGAUGCUCUCAGAUGGAGCCAUUUACAGCAGCAUUGACUUCACGACCAAAACCACUUACAACAGUUCCAGCCAAAUAACACAGGCUACCCCAUAUGCCACGACACAGAUCUUGCAUUCCAAUAGCAUACAUGAAUUGGCUGUCGAUCUGCCUGAUCCCCAGUGGAAAAGCUCAAUUCAGCAAAAAACAGAUCUCAUGGGAUUUGGUUAUUCUCUCCCUGAUCAGAACAAAGGUAACAAUGCCUUACUUUACAUCCCUGACUACCGAUUGGCUGAGGGAUUGUCUAAUAGAAUGCCACACAACCAGUCACAGGAUUUCAGCACCACCAGCUCUCACAACAGCUCAGAGAGGAGUGGCAGUCUUUCAGGUGGGAAAGGUGGAAAAAAGAAGAAAAAUAAAAACUCUUCUAAACCCCAGAAAAACAAUGGAUCGACCUGGGCCAAUGUUCCUCUACCUCCUCCCCCAGUCCAGCCCCUUCCUGGCACAGAGAUGGAACACUAUGCAGUGGAACAGCAAGAGAAUGGCUAUGAUAGUGAUAGCUGGUGCCCGCCAUUACCAAUGCAAACAUACUUACACCAGGGCAUGGAAGAUGAGCUGGAAGAAGACGAUGAUCGUGUCCCCACACCUCCUGUCCGAGGCGUGGCUUCUUCUCCUGCCGUUUCCUUUGGACAGCAGUCCACCGCAACGCUCACUCCAUCCCCACGGGAGGAGAUGCAGCCCAUGCUGCAGGCUCACCUGGACGAGCUGACGAGGGCCUAUCAGUUUGAUAUAGCAAAGCAAACAUGGCACAUUCAAAGCAAUAAUCAACCUCCACAGCCCCCAGUUCCACCAUUAGGUUACAUGUCCGGAGCCUUGAUUUCCGAUUUGGAGACCGAUGUUCCAGAUGAUGAUGCUGACGAUGAGGAAGAAGUUUUAGAAAUCCCCAGGCCCCUGAGAGCAGUAGAGCAGACACCAGGAUGCAGCAUGGACAAUCUAGACAGCUCUGUGACAGGCAAAGGCUUUACUUCCUCCCAGAGACCUCGGCCAACCAGCCCAUUUUCUCCUGACAGUAGCAGUGCUGCCCUGAGUCAAAGUCAGAGGCCUCGGCCCACUAAGAAACACAAGGGAGGGCGAAUGGACCCACAGCCAGCGUUGCCUCAUCGCAGGGAAGGCGUGACAGAUGAGGAGACGUUGGUCCCCUACAGCAAGCCCAGUUUCCCAUCUCCAGGAGGUCACAGCUCAUCAGGAACAGCUUCUUCUAAAGGAUCCACUGGUCCAAGGAAAGCUGAGGCCUUGAGGGGAAGCCACCAGCGCAAUGCCAGCGACCUUCUUGAUAUAGGCUAUAUGGGCUCAAACAGUCAAGGACAGUUUACAGGUGAAUUAUAGUAACUGAGAGGAGUCGUGCAAAGCUGCUCUGAAGGACCAUCAGGUCUGAACUCAUGGAAGUGAUGACACUAAACAGUGCAAUGAACAAUUUCUUUAUUUAUGUACUAAUAAAAGAACUGUAAAUGCAAUGUAAAGACACACAGCCACACAUAUCCCACAGAUAUUUUACUUGUGUUCUUCUCUUAAGUACACCACCCACCUUAACUCUUUCUUGUCAGGAGUAUAUAAAAAAGAAAGAAAACAAAACUCUCCCUCCAGGAAGAAAAGGAUUUUCCUCUGUAUAUAAUUUCUUUUGUGCAUUGCUAUGCAAGCUCACUCUUUUUAGCUCUGUUCAUAUUAUUGUCUGUUUUUAUUGGUCUGUUGUACUAUAUGUGAAUUAAUAGGCUGUGGUGCCAUAUAUUAACUUUUAAUUGUGUAACUUUUAUGUUUAAAUUUUGCACUGCAAUUUUAUUUGGUGAUAAGCACAAAUCUCUACUCCUCGUGACAUGAAGAAUAAGACUGAAUGUGAAGGGAGUUUCUGUACUGUAAGCUAGGUUGGAUAAUGCUGGUUGUAACCAAUCACAUUAGUUGGUUUUCUGUUGGGGUGUAGAAAUAGGAAGAUGCAAAAAAACAGUGGUGUUGGCAAAGUCUUCUUUGAACAUCAGGGACUGAGUCAAUUAAAAAAAGCAGAAAGGUGGCUUUUUCUGUUGACAGAGGCAAGGGUCAAAAGAAGGAAGUUUAAGUCUUAAGCUUGAAUAGGCAUUCGAAUAUACAGGUAGCAAAGAUGUACUAAACUUGCUAAAAAAAAAAGAAAGUUAUAUUUAAAUUCAACUCUACUUGUAAUUGACCCAUUUGAGAAUUACAACAAGCAAAAGCAAAUUAAGGUGUUCCACAAGAGCUGUAUUUAUAUUACAGUUUUUUAAGAAAGCAUUUUCUGAAUUACCAUAAUUAAUCUCUCUAACUCAUUAAGUCAGAAUAUAAUAUGAAGUUCCCCAAGGAAACAAACAAAAUGAAGUCUAGAAUCUCUAGCAAAUAGUUAAACAGGCAAUUUAUUAUUAGGACAUACUCAGGCUGCUUCCAAACACAAAAACCCUAUUGUAAUAUCUUGUUUCAUCUUUCUAAUACAUGUACAGUACACACUAGAGGAUAGAGCUGCAUCAUUUAAAUUCAUGACUUUUUAAAAAUAACGCAGUCGAUAUACAAUUUUUUGUUUUAUUUGGUUAAGAAGUGAAGUUUAUGCCACCAAAUGCAUAGCCAAAUUGUAAGUGCUUAAAAAGCAGUGCUCAGAGUAUGUUCAGUUCACAGUAAGUAGAUUUACUGGAAUAAAUAAUUUAUGGUACAUUCUCAGAAAUUGGCAACCAACUAAAAUAUGUUUGAGCCAUUUUGAAUGAGUAAAUUGCAAAGAAAAAGUUUUAAAGGAGAAAAAUGCAUGUUUAUACACUUUUUAAAUAAAGCCAAACCUCAUAAGUGGA